AUGACGAGUGAGCAGUUGACUGCUAUGACAGGUAAUCUCCUGUCAUUUUACGGUGUGAAGAACGAGGAAACGUUGUGGACGGAACUGCACGGGUCAUCAUUAAAAGAAGGGAAGUAUGGACUUGGAGUCGUUUUGAUAUCAGAGAAAGAGUCGUGUCGUUUGUGUGGGAAGGUGUUGGCUGUGAAAUUUGCGAAAGCCGUGAAUGUUGUUGUUUACCACGAAGGUCGUGGUACUUUCAUGGGCUGUCGUGUGCCGAAAGUGUGUUGUAAUAAAUCUUGCAAAUUGAUCCAACACUAUGGAUAUUACACGUUUCAAGACAACAAGUUUUACGAUGAUGAUUGGGAAAAACAAGAGUAUUUCUUGUCGACGGGGAAAACGGCUUUUCAUAUGAAUCUGCUGCUCAAAUUCGAGGUUGAAAUUUUGAUAGGGAAGCUAAGUUUCAAGGAGAAAGCGGACAUCUACAAUGAGGUACAUGGAUGUGUAUGUGAUCAUGACGACAACAGUAAAGAACAUGGGAAAAAAAAAGGAAAAGAGAGAAGGUAAUUUAUUUUAUUAUUGGUGGGUUCAUGCUUUACAACUGUUUCACUUUUCUUAGAUUCAAAUUUGGGCGUAUUAUAACCUCCUAGUUUUGAAUUCCAAGCGUUUAAAUGCACCUAUCCCCAUCAAUGGUUUUCCAGGGGAAAUCUGACGUUUUCAGGUUUUAAAAUGUCCAUUUUCCCACCCUCGGGUCUCUGUAGACCUUCACUCUUCCAAAGCUCUUAUUUCACUGGUCCCCUUUAAUCUGCACUUCCACUAUUUUCAGGGAUAUGAACAUUCGUUAUAUGCCAAUCCCUAUUGUUUUUACACGUAAUUGAAAACAAUCUUUCAAACAGGUGUAGGAUCGCCCUUUGGUGUCUAUUUACCCCUGGGUGACUGAUAGGCAUUGACAACGGUGUUCAUUGCAGCACUGAGUGUGUGCAGAUAUUAAUUAACUGUGAUCGAGUAUGAUUUUUCGAUCUUUUUGUCAUUUCAAAAGUUGCAGCAGAGCAGGGAUAAAACUAAAAAAAGUUAAAAAGCAACAAUAUACUCCUAACUUUUGUUCUGCCAUCCUUGACAAAGAAGAGAACACAUACAGAUGUGGGAAAGUCAUCCAAAUGACUACUGGAUAUUUUCUAACAUGGCAGACCUCUUAUCACUCAUUCCCUAGUCCUGCACUUAUGUCCAAGCUGGCAGCUGUGCCAAAUUUCCCACCUGGAGAUGUUCAGGAUGUCAAAUUCCUUAGCUACAUGCGUUUCACUAAGUUUUAUUCCCGUGGGUUGCCUCCCACCUCCUCAUCCUGGGGCCAUCUCUUGAUAGGUGCAGUAUUUGAAAUCAUUUUUCUUCUCAGUGAUGGAAAUUUCCUAGUAAUUAAUGUUAAUUGUUACAUCUCCCUUUCAAAUAGCACAAAAAGUUGCUGUUGUUGUUUUUUUAUUUGAUUCUUGUUUCACAUAAAUGUUGGUUAUUUAAACCCAAAACAGCUCUUUGGAAGAGGAACUUCAUGUACGAUUGAAAAUGGACCGUAGAAGAUUAGAAGAAGCAUUUCUUCUCUAUUGGUGCCUUAAGAGGGUGCAAGAAUACCAUCUAAUGCAGCUGCAUGAGUUGCCUGUACCUGUGGAAUUAGAUACUCUGGUAUCACUGGUCUGCCCUUUAUACCAUGACAAAUUCAUUAAGAAAUGGAUUUGUAAGUAAACCAUCAUUUAUUGUUUUUUGUAGGAGUAAUGAAUUGAGUGUCUGAUCAAAGAUAGGGGUAUUUAUAUCUUAAUGUCUAGUUGAGGGAAGUGAGUCAGGCAUUUCAAUGUUGGUAACAAUUUGUUGUCGUUAAAUUUGCUUUUGAAAUUAUACUCAGGACCUGUAUUAUUUUGCAUUUCUGGAAAAACCGAAAUGAAGAAGGUGUGGUUUUUCACUGGCAAAUCAUUAAUGUCACAUCAAUGGACAAUGUUUCUGUUGUCAUGGAAAGCAAUCUAUGUAACAAAGUUCAAUACUGUCACAAAGAUAUUUCAUUGAUAUGUGUGUCACUCUUUUGUAUUAGAUCAUCAGUGUGACACAAAUGGGUGUAAGAGAAAUCUGGUUCUGGAUGGCAAUUUUGAUAACAAUCGCGAAUGUUGCAUGGCCAAGGACAGUGGAUUUAUACAGUACGAUUCCCUCCCUGGUCAAAUAAGAAGUGGAUGUAUCGUGACACCCAAGCUUGGUAGUCGAUUUUGUGAAAAUCACAUAGUAGAUCACAAAGAGCUUGAUAAAGAAAAAAAUGUCUGA